GACCUCUCCCACUUGCCUCCCUGCAGAGGAAACGGCUGCCGCUGGGACUGGCUGAUUGGGUGGGAGCCAGUCGGUCGUUCUGUUAGGAUUGGUCCAAUGAUUCUUUUCGAAGUUUGCAGCAUCCAAUCGAAGGGUCGGAGACAUAGCUAAAAUACUAACAAAAGGGUUCCUCCGCGAGACUCUCGCAGAACGUAGUUCCCCGGAGCCCAAGAGAGCUGCUGGUCUUUCCGCUCAGUGCGCCACCCGCAACGAGCGGCGGUUUCUCUGCGAGCUCGCCGAGCCACUGCUCUUCCUGGGACGGCGGGGUUGGAAGCCUGAGCGAGCUCGGGGCGCGCGCCGACACGUGCGGAUGACGGCGGCGUCGGGAUUCUCAGAGUAACGACGAGGAGGCGGGGCCUGCUGUUUGAAUCCGGCGGCGGGCGGCGAGGAGGUGCACGAGCGGUAAGCGGUCGGGGUCCAGGAGGCUACCGGGCGGCCAGCAGUUGCUUUCCCUUCGGAACUGGAGUCGAGGAAGCACGACAACCAAGACCCUCAUCGGCGGCUGAGAUGGAUACCAAUUCAAAAGACACCGAACCUCCUGAAACCGAGGAGUCUGCUGUUAACAAUGCUGAAAAUGCCUCUUUCAUUUUGGGAAAUGGGAAGCUUGUGACUCCUCAGAAGGAUGCAGAAGUGACUCCUAAUGGUUGUGCACCACAUACUUUUAAGACACCUUUGAACUUUGACACAAUAACUGUAGAGCAAUUGGGAAUUACACCUGAAAGCUUUGUUAAGAACCCUUCAGGAAAGUCAUCAUCCUACCUUAAAAAAUCCAGACGACGUUCUGCAGUUGGUGCUCGGGGCUCUCCUGAAACAAACCAUCUUAUUCGUUUCAUUGCUCAGCAGCGGAAUUUAAAGAAUGCAGAGAAAUCUCCUUUGGCACAGAAUUCCCCUUUUCAGGGCAGCCCUGUGUUAUAUGGAAAUGUUAAUUCUUUAAAAGAGCGAAUAUCUGCCUUCCAGUCAGCUUUUCACUCCAUAACGGAAACCGAGAAAAUGACUGGCUGUCCUGAAUUCUCAGAGGCAGGAGAGUUGGAGGCGACAGGCUUAACCAAAAAAGAAAGCCUUGGCGAAUGUCAGCAGUCUGAGUUCCCUGCACAGGUACCAUGCAGACAUGGGAGGCCGUCCUCAGAGAGCAACUCUGAUGAAGACCUGCCGGAAGCAGUUGAUCUCCAGAAAUCUUCUGAGUCCGGUUUGACACAGUCUGGAUGUUUAGUUGAAGAGUCUAGUCCACUCUCAGAGCUCACAGAGACUUCAAGUGGAGUCAAGGCUGCCAACUGUGUGGAGGGCAAAGGACCAAGUAGAGCUGUUUCCCUGGACAGACUGACAGAAGCGAGCACAGAGACAGCUCCUGACGUCAGGGCGCUGGUGACCCCACUGUGCAGGAGGGCGCUCCCCUCUUCUGAGACCUUUGGACUUCGUUCUGUGCUGAAGAAACCCUCUGUUAAGCUGUUUCUAGAAAGCCUACAGGAACAUUGUGACAACCUCUGUGAUGAUGCACCUCAUCCAAGCUUAGUCUCAAAUCUUGCAAACUGUUGCAAAGAAUUCAAAGCAGAUGGUCAAGAAAAUUAUAAAGUACCAGCCUUUGUCAAUACAAGGAAGAGGAAGAGAGUUACUUUCAGAGAAGACCUAAUCCCUGAAGUGUUUGAUGAAUCUUUGCCGGCAAAUACUCCAUUGCGGAAAGGAGGAACACCUGUUCGUAAAGAGGCUUUAAGUAGUAUCAGUCCCCUGCUACUUGAGCAGUCACCAGUUCCUGAGCAGUUAUCUCAACCAAACUUUGACAACAAAAGGGAGAAUCUUGAAAAUAUAGAACCUCUUCAGGCAUCAUUCACUGUCCUGAGUCCUCUUCGUAAAUCUUCAAACUCUGAGACUCUUUCAGGCACUGAAGAUACCUUUAGUUCUUCAAAUGGCCACGAGAAAAUAGCCGCGCAUAAAGUUGGUAGAGUAACACGGACCUCUAGCAGAAGUCAAUUGAUCAGCUUUGCAGAAGAGAGUGUUUGCAGCAUAUUUAAUACAGAAGCUCAGCCUUGUAAAGAAAAGAAAAUUAACAGGCGAUCUCAAGAAAAUAAGCGCUCAAACAAAAUACAACCUAGAAAGAAUCAGGCUGUCAAAAGUUGCAGAAAGAAGAAAAAGAGCAAGAAAAGCGUUCAGAACUCUUUAUAUGGGGAAAGAGACAUUGCUUCUAAGAAGCCUCUCCUGAGUCCCAUUCUCGAGCUGCCCGAGGCCUCCGAGGUGACACCUUCCGUUCCAGGCAUGUGGAGGGUGUGUUCAGAUAUUUUCAACCUAACUGGUGAACUUGAAGAAGUGAAGUAUCCUAAAAGAGAGAAUCUUUUGCCUGUGAACCCAGAUUGGCAGAUGAAUCAAGGCUUUAAUAAACACAAUACGUCUGAAUGCUACAGCUCUGACACAAAAAGUUCCUCAUCUCUUAUAAAUGCUAUUUUUGAUCAAGAUUCAAAUACAAAUACUGUAGAAAUUACUGAAAAUAAGAAUAUUCCAAAAGCAGUCAUUAAGUUGGAAAAUGAAAAUGAACGAACAAACAGAACCAAGAAUGAAAACAGUAAGAUUCCUUGGGCUUCUGUGACUGAAAAGCCCCUUGUUUCAGACAAUCCCAACCCUAAUAUUAGCCUGCAGUCCCAAAAAUUGUCUGCUGCUGGUCAAAAUGUGGAAAGCCUUUUUCAAAUCCAUAAAACUCCAACAGAUAUAAAGUGUGAAAAGCAGGAUGAUUGCUUGGUAGGCACAGAGGGAAAACUGCAGGCCCAGCAUUUACUGUCUGACACUCGAAAAGAACGUGGCUGUUCAGAAGAUGUCUUAAUCAACAGUGUAAAGGAAAGUAAAAGUCCAAGGGAGGAUUUGGGAAGAAACUGUACAGAAAGUACUAGUGGCAUGCGUUGUAGAGAAAGGAAAUGUAAAAACUGCUCUUUGUGUUACUGUCCUGGCCAAAGUUUGCAGUUGGAAAAGAAUGGAAGUCGUGAGCCUUCCUCUGGCAUGAGCACCUCUGUAAAAUUUAGCUUAGAAAAUUCUGAACUGUAUAAAGAUUUAUCUGACAGCAUAGAGCAGAGCUUUCAGAGAACAAAUAGUGAAACCAAAGUGAGACGUAGCUCAAGGCUACGUGAAGAUUUGGAAGAGGAAGGGCUCGUGUGGAUCUCACUCCCAUCGCCUUCCACUCGCUGUGCUUCCCAGAGAACCAAAAGGAGGAGAACACUGUGUGCGCUGGACAGCAGAGGGUUUGAAAGUGUGUCUCCCCAGAAACCAGGUGUGCCGCCCGCCGUACUGGGUAAACAUGACCGUGAGGGCCUUCCUUCCAAUCCGCUCCGGAACAGGAGGAAGAGCUUUUGUACAUCUACACUUGCAAUACAAAAACCCCCUCCUCAGUCAAAAUGCUACAAAAGAAACUUUCCCGAGCAGGAGAAAGAGCUCUCUGAAUGACUUUGAAAGAAGUGAAUGAAGAAUUGGACAGUCAGAGACCCCAACCUGUAACUGAGUUGCCUGCAGAUCAGUCAGCAAGAAAGGUAACCACCCUUGCUGAACAGGCUGUCUUUCCUUCCCGUCCUUUGUUCAACUUCAGUAUUUUUGAAAGUUUCAAAUAAAGUCAUUUUAGUGGAACCUAUUUUUUAAGUAGAAUUAAGUGAAUUUCUCCCUUCAAAAAGAAAACAUUCUAUUAAAUAUAUUCUUCUCCCCGUGAAUGAUACCGUUAGUAUUUUGCUAAGAAGGAUUUUUAGACCUAGCAAUAGGUCUCUUAAGCUUCACGUCACAUUAGUAUAUAUUUACAACUGAAAGUUUUACAGUAUCCGUUUAAAAAAAAAAAGUCUUUCAGAGAUGAUUCAUAUCUGGAUGAGAAGAGUUUUAAAAAAUUGAUAGAAUUAAUGUAACUUUAUGAAGAUUGAAGGUAGUGCAAGGUUGAAACUUAAGGAGGAACAAGAGAUUUUAUUUUAAAAUGCAAAUAAACUGAAAGUUUCCACAAUUAGGAAAGGUAGAAAUUAUAAGGCUUGUUUUCCCUCUGGGUUAAGUUAGUGACUUUAUCUCAAAUGCAAUUUUUAUUUGAGUAAAUUAAAAUCAAAUCUUAAACAUGGAAUUUAAGGAAGUUCUUAUAAUGACGAAAAUAUUAUAAAUGUUAAAAAUGAAUAUGUAAAUUAUAAAUUAAAAAUGUGAAAGCAUUUUGUCCUUUAAACAAAAUUCAUACAUGUUUUGUGGAACGGGAGGUAGGGGAUUGGUUUUUGGUGAAAAUACAGCAGUUUAGUUGACUCAUCCCCCUGAUUAUUCAAAUCAGUCACAGAUAAUUUGGGGUUUAAUUCACGGUUCUCCAUAAAAAAUUUGUAAAUCCAGGAACUCACUUGAAGGAGUCCUAGAAAAUUAGUUUACUAAUGUGAAGCAUGGAGCAUGGUCACUGAUUUCUGUUUUAACAUAGCCUUUUCCAGGAGUUCCAACUUUAUUUCACACUAUCACGUACUAUCACUUGUCUCGGAUUUUCUGGUUAAAUGUCAGCAAUACUAUAUAGCACUUUGAAAAUCUACAUUGCUAUAUAUCUGGAAUUUGGGAGUGCUCAUAAAUCACGGUAUCAUUAAACAAUUGUCUUUGAAAUCCUUUAAAUCAUUAAACUCUCCCUGGCCAUGAUAGCAGAAACAUGUUAACAAAUAGAGCUCUCUAUAAAUAACACAACAGGGAAGAAAACUCCCGCUGAGCGCCCAUUUCCCCCGCCUGCGAGAGAGACUAUUUGUUACCUUCUUGGCACCAAUAGGUCUGGAACCCCUGCUGCUAACGACUAAAUGUAUUUUACAUUAACACUCAAAGUGAUCCCCAAUUUCUUUUGCUCAAGGGUGGAUUGUUUAAAAAAUUCUUUUAUCUUUACACGUAAAUCAUUUAUGGGCUUUUUUCCCUCCCGUUUGUGUCUUGGUGUGGUUGGCAACUUUCUACCACUGUAAACAAACCAAAAAAGAAAAAAAAAACCACAACGAAUUAACUUCUAAUGAAGCUUUUUGAUUUUGGUAAUUAAAAAAAGAAAAAACUUUAAGAAACAUACAGUGUUAGAGGGUUUUGUUUUUAAAUUUUUUCUCUUCUUUGUUUAAUAUGAAUGCUAAAACCGCUGAUGACUAUUUCCUCCCCUUUUUACUGUAUGAUGACCUGUGAUCUCAGUUGUAUUUUAAGAAUUUCACAUGCUUUGUUUUAGUUCUCAAAAAAUUCCUAAUGAGGACAAGGGCAACAUCUCCAUCUGUGAUUCUUUUCAGCGUGGUUUUACAAAUGUAAAAUUGCUCUCAUUUUCUAGCAUCUACAGUUAAAAUCAUAAGCACUUUAUACGUUCUCUCGGUUUCAACGUUUGGAUAUAAAUGUUUUGUUGGUAUUUGUAAAUAACAAAAAGUAAAAACAAAGUUUUCCUCAGAACAGUUCUGAGAAAUCAAAGCGAUUUGGACAUAAUUUUACCUACCAUCUCGCUUGCAUCACAGAUUGUGAAAAGUUAAUGUUUUCUGUAUUCGGUCAUGCUUGCUUGUUCCUGUUUCUUUUCAUUAGUAGUUAAGUCAGAAACUUGGCUUCAGAAGAGUUUUUUUCUGCCUUAUCUUUCGCUGCAGUAACCCUUGACAUUUUUGCCUUAGAAUGUCGGCUACUUAUCUUCGCCUGCCUCUGUAGAUUCUUGUUUGUUCCAGAAGGUGGCAGCAGCUUCUCUGUGGUUCUGGCCCUGUGUGCAUCGCCUUAAAGCCCCGCACAGUGGUUCAGUAUUGCAGGGGCUUCUUCUCUCUAACUUUUACCUCUAGUCAAUUAAUUACAAAAGGAAUAUGUGACUAUUGCAAAAAGGAGAGACCUGUACAAAAUUAAAGGCUCUUCCCUCAGCCGAUGCCAGCAUCCUGUAGCACACCUUCCUCUCCCCAGCUUCCUGUGUGUCGACAGUGAACAAGCAGCACACUUGUGGCAGGCCUUUGCCCCUGUGCGCAUGAAUGUGGUUUGUUGUGUGCUAGGGGGUUCCCUAUAAUGUGCCAUUCUGGAGCUUAAUGCUUUUUUAUUCAGUAAAAUAUCAUGAAGAUGCUUCAGUGUUAACAGUGGUGAGCCCUCGUGCUACGCAGCCCUUUAACUCCUGGAUAGAUUAUAUACUUAGAAUAUCUGUAAUGUAGUUAGGUUAGCCGUGUCCUUUCCAGGGGACGCUCGCUGUCUCCAGUUUUUGUUAUCAAACUCAUGCCACCUGGGCUUGUGUGAAAGUGUCUGUUAGAUAAAUUCCUUGAAAUUAAAUGAAUACUAAGUUCUCUUCUGUAGACCUUAUCUGGGAAAGUUCCUUUAUAAGGAUUUUGUCAGCCUUGCCUUUGGUCAUAUUCUUCCUCAAUCCUACUUUGCUUCCAUGUCUUCUCGCUGCCCCCCAUGGGCACUUAAGCUGUAGAACUGAGAUCUGGCAAAAAUUGAAUGCCUUGUUCAUUCUUUAGUUUGAAAGAGCUUUUUUUUUUUAAGUCAGGUUUAUUAAGGUAUAAUUAACCUACAGUAAUGUUUACCCUUUUUAAAUGUACAGUUUGAAUUUUGGCAAAUUCAUAUGGUCACGUAACCAGUAUCACAGUCAGUAAUAGGACAUUUCCAUGCCCCCCAAAAGAAGCUGCCUUCCAUUCCCCUGGCCCCCAAGCCCAGUCGCUCAUCUGGGUUCCAUCCAUACAGUUGUGCCUUUUCCAGAAUGCCAUAUAAAUGGGAUCAUACUAUAUAUAUACUUUUGUGUCUGCCUUUUUAAACUUGGCGUAAAUAAUGUGUUUGAAAUUCCCUGUAUGACAUGUUAUAAGUAGUUGAUUCUUGUUUGUUGCUAAGUAGUAUUCCAUUUUAUGGAUGUAGCACAUGUGUUUAUCCAUUCACCAAUUGCUAUUUGGAUUGUUAAUAUUUUUUGGCUAUUACAAAUAAAGCUGUUAUAAACAUUCA